GAAUAUCUUAUUGAGAAUACAUGGAAUGGUGAUGCUAUCAAAUCACAUGACCCAGUCAAGCUGACAUUAUCUGCAAGCGUUGACGGCAAAUAUUUGGUUGUAAAGGUAGAUGCACCAUUUUUCAAUGAUCCUGGAGAACCUAAUUCACCAGCUGGGAAACCAUGUGCACAGCUUUGGGAUUAUGAAGGUUUGGAAACAUAUAUAACGUUUUCCACCACUAUAAAUGUUUGCAGAGGAAAGACAUCACAUGAUGUUUACAACAUAAUACUUUCAUUAUAUCGCCCGACAAAUCACAGUGUCGUGUGAACCUAUAUAGCUUCAUUUCCAGGAUCAUUCACCAUAUUGCAUUCAGUGAAAAACUGCUGUACAUUCUAGUCGCAGCAUGCGUUUUGAUUGGUUAAUAUAGCUUACAGCUAAAUAUAGAGAAAUCAUGCAACCUAUACACAUACUCAGUUAACUGACUGAGUUAUGUGUAGGUUGAGCCAGCGGUAUGUAAUUUUAUAUAUAGCCUGCAUGCAAGCGGCAGUUACGUUCUAAAUACAUGCAGGAACAAAAACAAGAAAAAACAACAUGACCGAACGGCGUUUUUGUGAAUUUUUUGUGGCGCCAAAAGCAGACCUUUUAUAUUUUUUAUCUGAACUUUAGUAGGUGAAUGAGUUUUCUAUUAUUUUUAUGGAGUUAUUGUGAUAUUUUAGGGACCGGUCAUUAAUAAUGGGAGGGGGCCGGGGGGUGGUGAGAAAAGGGGGGGGGGGGUUGCUCAACUAUUUUUGCCUGAAUUGGGCGGCGGCCUCAAACUGAAAAAUAUGUGACAAGGGGCAACCCCAAUUUUUUAAUACUUUCCUACUUAUUUUUAAUCUCUCGCCUUUAUCGUAUACCACAAAAUAUUUCGCCUUUUUUAGUUCCUGAAUCGUAGUUUCCAUAGUUUAUUACGUAUAUACAGUUCACUAUAGGAGUCGUAGUAAAUAACAACCGUUUUGAAUACUGGUCCUCUAGUUAUUUUCACUACACAAUGUCUUACACCAGUACUUGUCCCAUUACCUAUUUUACACAGAAAAUGUAACAAAUUAAAUGUUGGAGUGGGGGGGGGGGGAUCCUAAACUUUGUAGAUGAAGGUGAGGGCGUCUUGAAAAUAAUGAUCUUGCUAUUGGGGGCGGCUCUAAAAUGUUCAAUAUUUAGUAUUUAUCACCCACCGCCCUCCCCCCCCCCCAUUAUUAAUGACCGGUCCCUUAUAUCGUUUUCACUGCUUGAGCAGCUCGACUGAUAACACUUACGUUGACAGUUCUGUGUAUCACAAAAACCUCAUGCAAUAACUGUAUAAGCGAGAUAUAAGCCGGUAUCACCUCCUGUGUCACGAAGAUGCAAUUUUUACUGUUUAGUAGAAAUGCAUGUCUUAACUCAUUCCACUUAGCUUAGUAUUAUAGUUUUUAACUUUAGUUGUAGAAAUUUUCUUUCUUGGCGAGGAUGUGAAGUACUUGGAAGUAGAGCUUUGUCCGUAAGUUUCUAGUAUUAAUUCAUGGUUCUUCUUUUAACACUUAUUCUAAUAAAGUACUGAACCGUACUUUAAUAUAAUUUUUUAUAUUUAAUUAAUUUGUCACGUAUACAAAAUACAAUACAAAUGUGACUAUCUACGUAUAACGAAUUACAGAACAAAUGUGAUCUCCAGCUCUGCAGAUCAGCAAUAUGAUACCUUACUUCCCGUCACCCCCUGCGCGCACAAAUUAAAAGCUGGAAUUGCCUAUUGUGUAAUGUGGAGUACUAACCAAUAUAUAUAUUUAAUUUUUAGGCAUGGCCAACAUUUAGUCUUAAUGUUGAAGGGAACAAAAAAUAUUUUUAAGGUAUAAGAAUCCGAGCAAUACUCAAUAGUUUGCAGUAUACUAUAAUGCGUAAGUAUAUAUGUGUCAGCAUGCAUGUUAACGUACUUCUACCAUAUUAGCCUAGUACUCUGAUAAUUUGAUCAUGUUAAGGAACUAAAAUUAAGUAAGGGGAAAAACCCGUUGUUAACCGUAUUUAUAUCUGGACGAGUUUCCCGUCUCAGAGUGCAUGAAGUCCAUCUUCUAAUAUGAAAUCAGCUAUUGUGAUUUUUCAUUAUAUUCUUGCAACCAAUCCCUUCGGAACUGAAAAAGAAUAAAAUGGCAGCCAUGUUGGUGCCAAAUUCAGCGAAAGGUUGCACCAAGGCGGAAAUUUUGGAUUUUAAGGGAACAAUCCUUUACUAUAGCAGCUCAACAACUCAUUUUUUGAGUUUCCAAGAUGAUACUAUCCGGAGCAUGCGGCCUCUUAAGGGACACACACUCUAAUAAUGGUCACUUAUUUUUUAUCUUGCAUCUGUAUUUAGGAUCAAUUAGAACUGCAAUUUAUUGCAAAGAGAACUGGUGAAAAGUGGAGUGGUGAGGCGAAGAUUCCUGUUGAAUACCUACCGCCUAAUGUAACGUUGAUGAAUGCCUAUGCUAUUCAUGGUCCAGGAGAGGCAAGGCAAUAUGAAGCUCUAUACCCUGCAACUAAAGAAUUUGACCAAGCAAACUUGUAAGUAAUCUGCCGAAAUUAUUAAAAAUGUAAUUUCAUGGAAUGUGAAACCGUGGUGAAACCAAUGUGAAGUCCUUUCCUCUUAAUGAGUUAUAAGGACUUUACAGUGCGUCUACAGUAAGUGGUGCCACUUAUAGAGAACACUAACCAAUCGCAUUGCAGAACAAAAAGAAAAAUCUAAUCAAAUUAAAGCUCGUCCAAUCAAAAGAAAGAUUCAGGAAGCCAUUAACUGCAGUGUUUACUUUUACAAGUCUAUUUUUACCGUUUGACAUUCGUUUAUUUGUUCAAAUUGUUUUUGGCCCAAUGCUGAUUGGCUAAUGCGCCGUUUGUUGAUUGUUUCAAUUUUUGUUCUGCAAUGUGAUUGGUUUGUGUUCUCUAAGUGGCCCCACUUACUGUAGACGCACUGUAAUGUUAACCUACUCAGUAAGGGAGCUCAACGCUUAUAUAGAUGAAACUUAAUAUAAGCUUUAAGCAAUAAGCAUGGUAAAUACCAAAUAUAUGCGCCAUGGCUUGAUGGCAGGCUUUUAGCCAGAAGGGCGUCCAGGCGUCCUGGGACGCCCUAGAACGAAAAGUUAGAUGUAUCGUUAUACCUAGAUUGGACGCCCUCUUUCAGAACCCUGGCUAAAAGCCUGCUUGAUGGGUAAUCGAGAACGUAUCUAUUAAUUAGGGGUGGACCAUUAUUGAUAUCCUGGGAGAUCCCCAAAAAGUUUCAUGCAAAGAGUGGAAUUUGAAAGAGAAAAUUCAUGCGACCAUUUAGGGAAAGAAAAAAUACCUGUAACUACAUGGAAUGUACAGAAACAAAUUCAUCACAGCUUCUAUACACCUGUAAAAAAGUUCGACAAAUUUUCCUUGCAAGAAAAAAAUUCUUACACAGUAUAGAACGUUUUAUAGACAGAAAGGUGUGCCUUCACCCUUGAUAUAGGUUACCAUGCAAGCCCAAGGCCUUCAGGUAGUGUAAUAUUAGGUCUGAUGGACAAGGGCCCAAUAUAUAAUGCUGAUAAUCUGAAUAAAAUUUCCGGUAAUGACAAGUUGUUUAGCAAGUACGUUCAUUCAUUCAUUUAAAUAGAUUUGAUCACAUUUACUACUUAGUCUGUGUGACAUGUAAAAUGAAGUCAUUACAAACAAACUCGUGUUUUCUUUUUUAUGUUGUAUAGCCAUAGAUUGCAGUUCUUCAAGCCAUUUGAAAUAAAGACAUUGUUUCCGAACCUCGUGGGUAACUACACUCAAUCACCACAUUGGAGUUAA